CGUUUUCUGGAAGGCGUCUACACCAGCCAGAACCCAUCAUCAGGCCAACAAUGCAUCUCGACGCGCUCAUUCCACCGCCUCUUCGCCUCCUUUGGCCUUAGAAAACUCUCCGUCUCACACUUCUGCUUCCUCUACUUUCUGUCAUACGCGUCGACAUCUUGCAACUCAUGUUCAACCAUCACCUUUUGGUAUCGACUUCAACGAUAUUGCACCAGAAGAACCCUUCGUCGACGCCACUUCGUCCCUACAAAACCCUCAAGCAACCCAAUCUCCCCCGAAUGAGAGUAGAUUCGACUGGAGGAAAAGAGCACCUUCCAGGAUAAGGCAGUCCAAAAAUCCAAACCAGCCGUAUGUGAGAAAGAAAUUCAUCAAACGUAUUGAGCCGCCGCACUUGCCUGGAGCGAAGUUCCGUCAUGAAAUCAAAGCGUAUCAAGAACGGUUUUUGCCUAUGCUUGACGCGGAGCAGGCUCAAGAUGAGGCCGUCCUCCAAGAACGACUCUCUAACUGGUCGAUCGACAGACUUAAACAGGAGGGCUAUUGUAUCACCGGUAUGAUUGCGUAUUGGACGAAUACGAAGGAGUUUGGAAGGCCUGUGGCUUCGUUCUCACUGGGUGCCGGGAUUGACCUGCCUGAUCAUAAGUUCGAGGGAGGAACACAGAUCCUGGCCACGCGACUUGAUAUGGACCCUCUGCACGAGGAGCCAUACAAAGGGAGCGUUCUAUCCCGCACGGCCACACAGCUUCGUGUCGCCUUUCCAGAGCUGUUCGAUCUCGACCAGGCUCCCUGGAGACUGGAUGUAGGUCGCUCCAACAUGGUGUACGACCGUAUGCGCGCUGCCAUCUCUCUGUUCAAUCUCGACCCACAAGACCAAGAAUCCUAUAUUUCCGCUCCCGAGCGACAACUCAUCCUCCAGGGCACCCACCUACGUGACGUCCUUCUUCGUUCUUUCUCUCCUGCCGCCUCGUCCAUCAACGAACUGCACCACAUUGUUCAUGAACCACAUCACCUCCAACCUGAAGACGAUACGAACUAUGUCCCUCACUCGUUGCUCGAGCAUGAAGCUCGCCACAGGGCGCCUGGCGAUCACGGAGGCGCUUUCAAGGACGAUAUGAGGAUUCAGAGCUGGACGAGAAGGUAUAUGAGAGUCAAUCCUGUGAGGGUGGAGGGAGAUCCGGUAUUAGAGGGGUUGAACAAGACGCAGUUGAGGGCGGUGGCUUUGAUGAUUGGGGAGAGAGCAAGCCUCAUUCAGGGGCCUCCUGGUACUGGAAAGACCAAGACUAUUAUCGAGACAGUUAAACUGUUGAAGGUCCAUUUCCAAGUACCCCAUCCAAUCAUGGUCUGCACCUACACCAACGUCGCCGUCGACAACCUCGUCGAAGGCCUCGCAGCCUCAGGCGUAAAACCACUUCGCGUUGGCUACGGUGGUAAAGUCAAAAAAUCGCUCUACCCGCACACACUAGAGUCCAAGCUCGAGAACCACGCACUCCGACCGGAGUUCGAGCGCCUGACUCAGGAGGGCGAACAUUUAAGAAAAAGGUCUGGUGCACUGCAGAAGAAGAUAAGAGAACUGAGCAAGAAGGCGGACUCGGGAGAUGAAGGUGGUGCAGCUGUGACGAGGGCGAGACGGAUGCUAGAGAGGGCGGAGAUGGAGGGAAUAACGUUGGAGAGGCAGGAGAACAUAUUGAGGAGCAAACUGUACGCGGUCCGACAGGAGAUGCUACAUGAUAUUGUCGCUCAAGCGGACGUGGUGUGUACGACGUGUAUAACGUCCGCGUCUGCUGCGCUACGCAUCAUCGACUUCCCCGUCGUGUUUCUAGACGAAGCAUCAAUGUCGACGGAACCGGCCUCGCUGAUUCCAAUCAUGAAAGGAUCUCGUCACCUUGCGCUCAUCGGAGACCACAAGCAGUUGCCGCCUGUCAUCACCAGUCGGGAGGCGCAGGUCAAAGGUCUUGGAAUCAGUCUGUUCGAAAGGCUGACCGAGGAAGGAGACGUCCCCUCCAUAAUGCUCGACCUCCAAUACCGCAUGCACCCCUCCAUCUCCCGCUUCCCCUCCGAAGAAUUCUACAACUUCUCGCUCCUAGACGGCACCGUCGACGCAUCCGGAAACGUCCGCUCCUCGCUGCUCCCACCGACCUCGUCCCACCUCGUCCUCGAUCCAAACACCGGGAAACGACCGUCGGUGGUGUUCGUCGAUCAUUCUGGGCAAGAAUCAUCCAGGGAUAGGAGUAAAGUGAAUUGGGAGGAGGCUGGGAUCGUAGUCAAGAUCGUCGAGGAUUUGUUAUUGAGCAAUCCGGACCUGAAAGGCGAGAACAUCGGGAUCAUCGCGCCUUACGUCGCCCAAAUCUCCCUCCUCACCCGCUUCCUCCACACCUCCACCUCAUCUCCCUCUCCCAGCACCUCCUCUCCCUGGUCAACGCACCUCCUCUCCACGCUCGGCUCGCACCGCUGCAUGCAACUCCCGUCUAUCGAGAUCAAGACGGUAGACGGGUUCGAAGGCCGCGAGAAGGAUAUCAUCAUCUUCUCGACGGUGCGGAACAAUGAUCUGGGACAGAUCGGGUUCUUGGCGGAUAGGAGGAGGUUGAAUGUGGGGUUGACGAGGGCGAAGAGGGGGUUGUUCGUCGUGGGCAGUUUGAGGACUUUGAGGGAGAGCGGGACGGGGACGAGGAGUGCCGGUGCGAGUGCGGUUCUAGGGGCGGGGACGGGGAAGGUGGGGAAGGGGGCGGAGGCGUGGAGGAGGUAUGUGAAGUGGUUGGGGGAGGAGGGGUUGGUUAUGCCUGUGGGUGGUAAUGAGGCGAGGAGAGAGUCUGCGAGCGAGGAGAGGGACCGUGUGGAGGGGAUGAGGGUCGGUGGGUAUCGGGAGGACGCAUAGGUCUUGGUCUUGCUUCUUACCGGUGAUUUGAUGUGGGCUGUGGCGUCGCGCGUGUCUUUCCCGCCCAUACUUAAUGAUACAGGACCUUUGGAAGCCCCGGGUCCACAUCUUGUUGUGUGGACCUUUCUUGUUUUCUUCUCACCACGCUGCAGGACUAUCUCCAUGCUCUCCCGCCUUGCUUAGGUCGUACCUUUUCCUCUCUUCGCUUUCGCACCAUGUGUUGCAGGGUCGCGACCAGCUGCUGAUGGUCGUCGUUUCAUCUCUACAGUAACGUUAAACCAGCUCACUUUGUUCCUCUUCGGGCCAUCCAUCCAGGGCAUAUUGAGAUUUCUUUCAUACUUCAUGCUAUAUUAUCACCGUCGUAUAUAUAAACAAGUAAAGUAGUACACCAGAACUAAUACCGAACAUCCUUGUUUUCUGGACUCUCCACUCUCCAGUCUAUUCUCCUGCAACCUGACCUCCCCUCCCGUAUCCCUCAGGCC